AUCUUAUGCAGCCCAAUUUGCAUUGUAACUAGUUUCUUUCUAGACUCAUUGUAAGUCUCUUUUGCAUAUGUAUAUAUGCAUGGUGUUUUGAGGAUUGAUCAGUGAGACUCACCAAUCACCAUGUCUACUACACCUUCAAAGAGCUUAAGCUGUUACUAUGAAGAUGACAGUGAUCUUAGAAGAGGACCUUGGAGUCUUGAAGAGGAUGAUUUGCUCACCAAUUACAUUGCCAAUCAUGGUGAAGGGAGAUGGAAUUUGUUGGCUAUACGUUCAGGGUUAAAGAGAACAGGAAAGAGUUGUAGAUUAAGAUGGCUAAAUUAUCUAAAGCCAGAUGUAAAGAGAGGAAAUUUAACAUCAGAAGAGCAGCUUCUGAUUUUUGAACUCCACUCAAAGUGGGGCAACAGGUGGUCAAAAAUUGCACAACAACUUCCAGGCAGAACAGACAAUGAAAUCAAGAAUUACUGGAGAACUAGGAUUCAGAAACAAGCAAGAUAUUCGAAAUUUGACACAGAUAGAUUACACACGUCAAGGUGUCUUCAUAAAGCACAAGAAUCAUUUCCUUCAACCAUGUCAAUCCAAAACCAAGCAAUUCCUUUGUCUUUUGAUGCUGUUUCUCAUUAUUCAGAAUUUAGGACAAUAGCAACAACACAAAUCACCUGUGAGGGAGCUUUUUUGAAUGAAGGAGGUUCCAAUUGUUUGGAUCAGCAUGAGCAGAAUUCAGACUCUGAGCACAACAAUGGUUCAUGCAUUUCCUCUUCAGAAUCAGUGAAUAUCCCAAAUAUGUCUCAAAAUUUGGGAUACAACAGUAGUCAAUUUCUGGCCUUGGAUAAUAACAGUGACUUUGGCAUCGAUGCAUAUGAUGGUUAUAAGGCAAAUAAUUGUGCUUAUGAUAUGGAUGCCUUCAACCUGACAACAACAAUGGAUGCUAAGGAUCUGGAAUACCCAGUGGUUGAUUGCCAAUUAUCCGAAAGCAAUUGGCUAAACAAGGAAUUUGCAUGUAGCACGUCUAACAUAGAUGAAUUAUGGCAAUUUAGGAACAUACAAAGAUCAUGA